UAAAUUACGGUGAAUUUUAUAACACUAGGUGGUAUUAUUAACAAAACGUCCCUUUUGUGUGAAGGUGUGUUUUAUUUUGGAAACCAAACCAUAUAUGGUGUUGCCAGUUCUGAGGAACUUGACGGAGGUUGCCAAAUCGAAAACCCCCCCUUUUCAUUGGAGCCUUAUCUCUUGACAAAGAGAGGAAAAUGAAUCAUUUUAUUACUGUAACUGACAGAUAACUAUGUAAAUAUGACACUGCAGGUUAAUUUUAGCGUUGCCCAGUGCAAAAAAAGUGAUUGCAAGUGUGAAAACCACCGUUAUUUGGAAGUAUUAGCUGUUAAACAUUUGAAGGGUCCAACAUGCCGAAGGAGCAGUCUUGCCUGAGCGAGCACGGUCCAUGUGUUUCAUCCAGCAAGAAUGCUAAAAAUAAGAGCAACCGUAUGACUCUGCUGGCAAUACGUGAUACUAAAGACACAGACGACUCCAGUGGAAGGGACUCCCGCUGCAGUUCAGAAAAAGACUCUGGAUACUCUGACGCCUCAGACUGGCAGCAGACAGAUGUGGAGGACCAGCAGAGCAACAAUAGCCAGUCCAGAGGCAGAGAGCAUGCAGAAACUUCACAGCCAGGUCAAACCGAAGACCUUGGACAUGGGAAUCCUGGGGAUCCUACCCUGACACCAGCAGGCCGCGAGCUCCCACCCAUCUACAUCAUCAAUAACAUGGUGCUUAAGCAGCCGGACAUGAUCCAGAAAACAGCUCAGCUGCCCUCGAGAAAUGGAAGCAGAGAAACCGGUAGUUCUGGCGGUGCCAAUAUGAUCCUUUUCCAGCAGCCUCGCUUGUUGCCGGCCUCCGUCCAUCUCCACAAGCCCUUGUCCAGGAAGACCAACAUCACAGGGAAGAAAAUAAAUUACCUGCCCAUUCUCAACUCCUAUCCCCGCAUUGCGCCACAUCCCAGCAAGAAGCCCGCUGAUAAAUCUUCAUCGAAUGAUGAAUCACAGAAUCUGAGCAAGAGGGUAUGCACAGAACAUGACAAACCUGUGACUAGGAGUCUACCUGAGCAGCACCUUAAUAAGCAACCCAAAUUAUCAGUCUUAACCUCUGGGAUGCCGUGUUCCUCUUCAACCAGAGAUAGUCGACCCUCCACCAGUCCCACUACUGUCUCCUCCAGUCGCUCCAGUCUGUGCACCACCUCCUCAAUCCUCUCAACCAGAGGACUUCACAGAAACAGCACCACCAGUACUCGCCACAACCGUUUCCUCAACACAGUAGAAAUCCUCAGACAAUCGGGUCUGUUGGACAUUACGCUGCGCACAAAGGAGCUGAUGCGCCAGAGUAGCGCCACCGAGCAGAACAUUACCCAGCUCCGCCAGCACACAGAGCUACUGUGUCAGGCUGCCAGCAACCCCGGCUGCAGCCUGAGAGAUAUCGCAGCCUGGGAACAUCUACACCGAGCCAUGGCUGAGUCUGGCAGCUACCCCAAUCUCAAAAUCCUGGAAAAUUUUCAAAUCCCGUGUGAUCCAGAUUCUGCCAGUCAACCAGCGAGAAUUUACACAGGUGAGGCCAGUGGGCCGCUAGCUGCUGAUGAGAGCUCAGGGGAGCCACCGUUUCGCCUUCUCACAACUAUACCGGACCCAAAUGGAGAUAAAACCUCAGAGAAAGUCACCUUUAUGCCUCCUGACAGUUCUACUGGUUAGCGCAAUAUGCAGUGCCUUUAAAGGGAGAGCGAGUACUCAGGGCUAUUUUUUAUAUUAUGUGUGGCUUUAAAGGAACAGUGUGUAGCAUUUAGGGGGAUCUAUUGGCAGAAAUGGAAUAUGAUAUUAAUAAGUAUAUGUUUUCUUUUGUGUAUAAUCACCUGAAAAUAA